GCGGCCUGACGUAACCGGGCGCUCGGCCCCGCCCCAACGCGGCUGAAGCCUCGCAGCCAGAGAGCCGGCACCGCCGCCGCCUGGGCUUGGAACGCAGCGCGAGCGGCCAUGGCCUCCGGCGCCGCAGCUAAGCGGGCGCAGGGCGAGCGGGCGGCGGGACGGCAGCCCCGGCCCCGUCCCCAGCGCUCGGCUGACCGUGUGCCCCCUCGUCUCGUCCCACAGGCCGACACUCGACGGAGGCUGCUGCGCACCGUCAAGAAGGAGGUGAAGCAGAUCAUGGAGGAGGCAGUCACACGGAAGUUCGCCCACGAGGACAGCAGCCACAUCAUCUCCUUCUGUGCGGCUGUAGAGGCCUGCGUCCUGCAUGGGCUGCGGCGGCGGGAGGCUGGCUUUCUGCGCAGCAACAAGAUUGCAGCUCUCUUCAUGAAAGUGGGCAAGAACUUCCCACCGGCCGAAGAGCUGAGCCGCAAGGUGCAGGACCUGGAACAGCAGAUCGAGAGCGUGCGAAACCAGAUUCAGGGCCUCCAGGAGAAUGUGCGGAAGCUGCCGAAGCUGCCCAGCCUGUCCCCACUUGCCACCAAGCACCUGUGGAUCCGCACUGCUUUGUUUGAGAAGGUUCUGGACAAAAUUGUGCAUUACCUGGUGGAAAACAGCAGUAAAUACUAUGAGAAGGAAGCCCUCCUGAUGGACCCGGUGGAUGGCCCCAUCCUUGCAUCUUUGUUGGAUCCAGAAGAGACAUUCAAGUGGCAGCAUGGACGACCGACCAUCCCUUUCUGCCCGUGACUGUGUUGAGUCCCUGCACCAGAACUCCCGGGCCACGCUACUCUAUGGCAAGAACGAUGUUCUGGUUCAGCCGGUCGUCGCGAGAGCAAUGGAAAAUGGUAUGCGUUUUGGACUCUGUCUCUCCUGAUGAAAGACUGCAUAUAUUCAGGAAGAUGGGGCAUUCCUGCUGGCAUCAGUCUAGAGAGCUGUCCUGACUCCAGGUUCCUUGUAAGAAAGAGGCUUGAGGGUAUGGAGAAAAGACAGAUUUCCCAUCCCAGGGGAAAACCUAUGUCCAUGUUUACAGUGUGAGGAAGACAAUGUAUUCACUGUGGUUUUGUGUGUGUGUGUGUGUGUUUGUGUAUGCCCACGUGUGUGUUUGAGAGAGACAGAAACUGAGGGACAGGGAAGGAGACAAGGAAACACACUAAGAGAAAGGGACACACACAUUCAUUAGAGAGACAGGGAGAGAGGAGAGACAGCGAGAGAUGUGUCCUUCCCCAGGAGAUAUGCGCCAGUGACACUGCACAAUAACCAAUGUCUAUAUUCUCAAAAAUUUCCUCAUACUACUGCACAUUUCAAGGAAUACUGCUGAGCCACGCUCAGCAGUAACAUUCAGUCCAUGCAGGUAACCAAAGCCUCCAUAUGCUCUGGCCCAUAUUCAUAGCAAGGGACAGUCCCUGAGUUAUUCUUGAGCAGCACCAACAAGGUACUGACACGUAUUCUGUGUCCUUCUAGGUGUCCCUAAGUAGGAAAAGCAGCGGUCCCAUCCUGUCAUGAGUCGCCAGGCUGUUGCUGAGGUCGUCACGGGAGCAAUGGAAUAUGGUGUCCCUAAGGAGGAAAAAGUGUGGGCCGUUCGUGUAAGAAGACACCAAGGUGUUGCUGAGGAUCUUGUUUCAAGGAUGAAGAAGAAGAAAUGUUCCCCCGAGGUCAAGAAUAUCGACUGGCACCAGGCAGUGCUUCAGAAAACUCCACAUCUGGCAAACAACAGGGGGUACUCUAUAAAUGACCCCAUUGAGUGUAUUUUCUAGGAUCAUGGCUCAGAUUACAAAAAGAGGAUCCUAAGGGAUUCAGACACAGAGCUCACAAGAAAGGUAUCUGUGCUCAAGACAAUCUACUGGCUUUCCCCAGCAGUGCUUCAGAGCAUCAAGAUGGACAUCUUUCCAAACAACAGGGCCGAGCCACAAAUAACACUCCAAUGAAUGACUACUCCAUUGAAGAAGGUAGUGUGGGUAUAAAAUCAGUAAGUAGAUUCAAGAGGAGUAAGGGCAGUUUGUACAGUGGAGACUGGAUGUUGGUGAGGAUGGAAGGAGCAGGGAAGGUGUACACUCAGAGGCAGGGAGCCCCUGCCCACUCCUAGCCAUGCCUUUGUCCAGGCUGCUCAAAUGGUGGGUCAGAUCAUUCGUCAGGGAGACGCUGGGGCCUCUAGACUUCAUCUGCCAGAACACCAACCUAGCAGACCCCUUUCCUAGCUACUAUCAACUGCUCAUCACCCAGGUUUGGUCAGUUGAAGAUGACGCUAAUUCACUGGGCAACGGUCCUGUGGGCAGUUGGUUUGGAAUGUUCUGGGUUCUGAGACAGUUGGGAGUCAAACAGACAAGUGGUCAUUCGGGGUGGUCACCUGGCCACCAGCAAGGCAGCUAGUAGCAUCAAGCACUGGGGGGCAUGGGAUGGGGAGAUGGGGAUGUGUUUUUUGUUCUCACACCUCCUCACACCCAAUCCAUCAGGGGGAAAAGGCAUUGUUUUCUGGGCCAGGGAUUGAAAUAGAGAGGAGUUGGGUUGGGUUUUGGGCCAUUCUCUUGGGCCAGUACCUCCUUAGGGAGCCAGCUGUCUCCCUUCAGCAACCUUGGGGCCAAAGGAUAUGGGCCAGGGAGUGAGAAAAGGGCUUGGUUUCAGUGUGCAGGGCAUGAUCUCCUAUCCAGGUGAUCAGAGAUCUCUGUCCUCAGGGAAUUCUCUGUAUCCCCCACCUCUGAACCAUAAGUCAGCAGUGCUGUGAUUCUGAGUGAGCCACUUAACCUCUCAAAUGUCAAUGCCCUGAACCAUAAAAUAUAGGUCCCAGCCCCUUCUCUGCCCACCCCACAGUCCUUUCAUGAGCAUCACCAGAAUUAACAGGUUUUCUUCACUAUUAGAAGUGUAAUAUUGAAGUCUCCUAGUUUUACUGUUGAGAGAUCAGUUUCUCCUUUUGUCAGUUCCAUUGUUAUGCCCAGAAUUCAUGAUCCCCAAAUACCGCCAGGGAGCCGAGUCCGAUGUAAAAGCAAAAGAGCCUUUAUUCGAGCUAGCUCGAGCUCAGUCCCCUACCUGCACCGACGCAGCGGUGAGAUACCAGGGAGAGAGAGCGAGUUUCCAAAGCCCAAAGGUUUUAUUGGGGCCUAGGGGCAGUUGGUGAGGUAAUAGCUAUGGCCUCAGCCGAUUGGCUGGGGAAGGGUCCGAGUUCUGUUGGGCAGGUGGGGGAGGGGGUUGCUCAAGGGGAGGAGGUGUGGUCAAGGUGAAGGACACAGAACAAGAUGGAGUGGGCCGGGGUAGGCCCGCCCUUUCACCAUGUACUUUGGCGCUCUCCUGUUGAGUGCAAAGUGUUUACAAUGAUCUCUUUGAAGGAUGCACACUUUGUCACUAUACCAUGUCCUUCUUUGUCUCUAGAAAAAAACUGUCAUAAAGUUUAUUUGUCUUCACAAAGCCAGUCUAGCUCUCUUGAUUACUAUUUGCUUGGUAUAUAUUUUUCCAUCCUUUUUACUUUGAAUGCCUUUGUGUCUUAGGUUUAAAGCAUGACUCUCCUGUAGAUGGCAUAGAGAAAGAUUGUUGUUUUCUACCCAUUCUGUCAAUAUCGGCCUCUUAAUUGGAUGUAAAAUCCAUGUACCCUUAAUUACUCAUCAGGUAGCAUCAAAAUCAAUUGUUUUUUCAUUAUUUCUGUGUAUGUUAUAUCUUAUUGUUCUAAUAUUCCUCCAUUCCUGCUUUCUUUUGUGUUAUUUUCUAGUGUACCAAGUAAAUUCCCAUGUUGUUUCUUUUACUAUAUAUUCAGGGAAUACUUAGUAGUUUCACUGGAGAUUACAACUAAUGUCUUAAUUUCCAACAUGCUAAUUGGAUUCAUACCAGAUUAAUUUCAAUGGCAUACAGAGAUUUGACCCCUUUAAAUUUUUUUUUCAUUUACUUAUCUUGGAGAGAGAGCAUGAAUGGGGGAGUGGAGGAGAGAGAGAGAGACAGACAGACAGUCUCAAGCAGGUUCUGCACUGAUUGUGGACUCUGGGCUUGAUCCCCUGAUGCUGAGAUCAUGACUUGAGCUGAAAUCAAGAGCCAGACGCUCAACUGUCUGAACACCCAGGUGCCCCUAGAGACUUGACUCUUAGUAUAUCUAAUUGAUGUCCUCUCUUUUUGCCAUUAUUUUCACUCAAAUUACCUCUUUAUACAGCCUGUGCUCAUUAACAUAUAUAUUUACGUUUUAUGUAUUUAUAAUAUUUGCAAUUUAUAUAUAUGUAUAAUUUUAACUUCACAGUUUUAAAUUAGAAGAAAAUCUAUUGUUUAUAUACUUAGGCUAUAUAUAGUUUAUGUGCUAAUACACUUGCGCUUAUGCACUUAUACAUUUGUACUUUUUUAUAUUUACCUAUGUAACUAUUCAUGUAGAAAUAAAUGUCUUUGCAUUUUA